UAAGUAGAUGCACAUUUUUGGAACUAUGCGUUGUCUUAUCGUGAGUGAUUAAAGUCGUGUCUGUGACUGUCUUGUGUGGUAGUUUGAACUGAAUACCACCAAAUCCUCAGUCAGCCUUCGAAAUGAGUAAACUGCCAAUAUAUGUGUUUUCCGGACCAUCUGGUGCUGGCAAAAGCACACUUCUUCAAAUGCUUUUAAAGAACUUUCCCAACAGUUUUGCAUUCAGUGUGUCUCAUACAACACGGAAACCACGCCCAGGAGAAAAAGAUGGGGUCGAUUAUCACUUUACUGAUAGAGAUACGUUUCUACGCGAAAUUUCUCUGGGCAAGUUUUUGGAGCAUGCAGAGUUUGCUGGGAACAUAUAUGGCACUUCAACAUCUGCUGUGAAAUCUGUACUCGAUAGUGGUCGUAUAUGCAUUUUAGAUGUUGAACUAGAAGGUGUCAAAAGUAUCCGUGCAGUUCAACCACCUUUAAAUGCUCAAUACAUCCUUAUUCGUCCACCUUCUAUUGAAGAUUUAGAAAGACGAUUACGUGAUCGUGGAACAGAAACUGAAGAAACAUUAUCUAAACGACUUGAUAGAGCUCGUAAAGAUAUUGAAUUUUCUGAAACUGAAGAAGGUAAAAAAUUAUAUACGAAAAUUAUUAUUAACGAUAAUCUUGAGACUGCAUAUAAACAAUUAGAAGAUUUUCUUCUUCCAUCUAUUAAAUCUGUUAAAAGUUUACAAUAAUUAUAAAGCCUUUAAAUAAUUUAACAUGAUCACUUCAUAUUAUCUCUUGUUGUCUAUGCAUAGAUAAUUUCAUAAUUGUAGAUAAAUGGCAGCAUUUCCCUUCUCUGUGUAUUUCAAUAUGAUUAUUUUACACUUUCAGCUGUAUAGAGAGUGAUCAGUGUAUUUUCUUAGCCUUGAAACUGUUUAUUUACAUUACUUACCUAUUAGUUAAAGAGUUAUAACAUUUUUUUUAAAAAAAAAUCUUACUAUACUAUACGCUAACCGUCGUUUACAAUGCCCUGUCGUAAAUUUAAAUAUAUUCUAUAUUUUAGAGAAGUUGUAUUUUAGUAUCUUGCUUUCUUAUGUUAUGCUAUGUUGUUGUGUACGAAUGAGUAUUUAUUAUUUAUCAUUUAGUAUGUUAUUGAAUAACUAAUCAUGUAAUUGUGACUAAUCCCCGCCCUCCUCCUCCACCCCCCGCAUCCUUAUUUUGGUUUUCUUAUAUCAUCUAAUUAGUAAGUUGAAUAAUAUGAUUUCUUGGGUAAAAAGAAUUAUUUUACGAUUUAUCUAGUGAAUAAACUUAUUCAUAGUUA